AGAGAAGAGGUACUCCCUUAUAGGGACUCAUAAAGGCAUAGAGCAUCUAGAGAUUUACUGCCUCCAUUACGCUGCUGGCUCUCACAGCACUUGUUAUGUUUUUAUCAGUUUCUCUCCAGAAGAGAUUGGAAACCCAAGUGCCUACAGAGGCCAGGCUGGUGGGAAUGAAGCAGGAAGCCACUGCACUGAACUGGAGAGCCAAGUCCUUUCUGAAGGAGCAGUUACUGCUCCGUUCCAGAUAAUUGUUGCAAGGCAGGAAUGUUGACCUAGUAUUACCACAUCAUCCAGUCUCUCAGGCUACAUUAUUGGAAUUUUGAAGACAUGAAAACAUCAGAUGAACCAACCUGCAACAUCUUGGAUUCAGAUUGGAAGAUGAAGAGAAAGUUUAAAGAAUGUGGCCUCUAAAGGCGGGUAGUACCUGGAAAUAUUAACCGACUCACACUGUAAAAAUGAGACCGGUUUCUAGACAAUAGAGGUUAUUUUAGUCUGACAUCAAGGUUCAAGACAAAAUGUUGAACUAAAAACUUUACACUCCUCCCCUCCCCCACUUCAGACAGGUACCAGCAUUGGUGAAUAUGAUUUUCCUUAGUCAGAAACACUCAUUUUUACCCAUGUAGACCAUCCUUAGGAAUUAAAUAUUGGUUAUUUAAUGUAGAUUAUAAUGGGAAACUGAUUUUUUCCACAAUGGCAGAUUUCAAGGACUUGGUUCCAAACUGAGCCGAAGCUUCCCAAUGCAUUUUGUACAGUCUGGGAAAAACUGUGCUGCACUGGCCAUUUUUGAAGGCCAUCAUGCCCUGUAAUAUAAGGAUAUCAUCUUAUUGCUGAUAUCUUUGGAAAGUCCCAAGCAGACACAGAAAAUGAAUGGAGGCAAGGACUGUGACGGAGGGGACAAAGAUGGAGGUCUUCCAGCUAUACAAGUUCCUGUGGGUUGGCAGCGUCGUGUGGAUCAAAAUGGAGUGCUUUAUGUCAGUCCCAGUGGGUCUUUGUUAUCUUGCUUGGAGCAGGUUAAAACAUACCUGCUUACUGACGGAACAUGCAAGUGUGGCUUGGAAUGUCCUCUUAUUCUUCCCAAGGUGUUUAAUUUCGAUCCUGGAGCUGCUGUGAAACAGAGAACCGCAGAAGAUGUUAAAGCAGAUGAAGAUGUCACAAAGCUAUGCAUACAUAAAAGAAAAAUCAUUGCAGUGGCCACACUUCAUAAGAGCAUGGAAGCCCCACAUCCUUCUCUGGUGCUCACCAGUCCUGGGGGAGGAACAAAUGCAACUCCAGUAGUACCUUCUCGGGCAGCAACUCCAAGAUCUGUAAGAAAUAAGUCGCAUGAAGGAAUUACAAAUUCUGUAAUGCCUGAAUGUAAGAAUCCUUUCAAGUUAAUGAUUGGAUCAUCCAAUGCCAUGGGAAGGCUAUAUGUACAAGAACUGCCUGGAAGCCAGCAACAAGAACUCCACCCCAUCUACCCCCGGCAGAGACUGGGCAGCAGUGAACACGGACAGAAAUCUCCAUUCCGUGGCAGCCAUGGAGGCCUCCCCAGCCCAGCAUCGUCAGGUUCCCAGAUAUAUGGAGAUGGCUCAAUCUCUCCAAGGACUGACCCACUUGGAAGCCCUGAUGUUUUCCCAAGAAAUAAUCCUGGUUUUCAUGGAGCUCCCAAUUCUAGUCCUAUUCAUCUAAAUAGGACUCCUCUUUCUCCACCUUCAGUAAUGCUACACGGUUCUCCCGUACAGUCAUCCUGUGCAAUGGCUGGAAGGACUAAUAUACCUCUUUCCCCAACCUUGACUACAAAGAGUCCAGUAAUGAAAAAACCAAUGUGUAAUUUUUCAACUAAUAUGGAAAUACCACGAGCAAUGUUCCACCACAAACCACCCCAAGGCCCACCUCCCCCUCCUCCACCUUCUUGUGCUCUUCAGAAAAAGCCAUUAACAUCCGAGAAAGAUCCACUUGGCAUUCUUGACCCUAUUCCCAGUAAACCGGUGAAUCAGAACCCUGUUAUCAUUAAUCCAACUAGUUUCCAUUCAAAUGUCCACUCUCAGGUACCUGUGAUGAAUGUAAGCAUGCCUCCUGCUGUUGUUCCUUUGCCAAGUAAUCUCCCUUUGCCAACCGUAAAACCUGGUCAUAUGAAUCAUGGGAGUCAUAUACAAAGAGUUCAGCAUUCAGCUUCAACCUCCCUGUCCCCUUCUCCAGUGACAUCCCCAGUGCACAUGAUGGGGACUGGAAUUGGAAGGAUUGAGGCAUCGCCCCAAAGAUCACGCUCAUCUUCCACAUCAUCAGAUCACGGAAAUUUCAUGAUGCCACCUCUAGGACCCCAGGCCACUUGUAGUGGUAUUAAGGUUCCACCCAGGUCACCAAGGUCAACAAUAGGGUCCCCAAGGCCAUCAAUGCCAUCAAGCCCUUCUACCAAGUCCGAUGGACACCAUCAGUACAAGGAUAUCCCUAACCCAUUAAUUGCUGGAAUGAGUAAUGUACUAAAUUCCCCAAGCAGUGCAGCUUUUCCGACUGCAUCUGCCGGAAGUGGUUCCAUAAAGAGUCAGCCUGGUUUGCUGGGAAUGCCUUUAAAUCAGAUCUUGAACCAGCACAAUGCUGCCUCCUUUCCAGCAAGUAGUUUACUCUCAGCAGCAGCCAAAGCACAGCUAGCAAAUCAAAACAAACUUGCUGGUAACAACUGUAGCAGCAGUAGCAAUUCUGGAGCUGUUGCUGGCAGUGGCAACACUGAAGGACAUAGCACUUUAAACACCAUGUUCACUCCUACUGCCAACAUGCUUCUCCCAACAGGGGAAGGGCAAAGUGGUCGAGCAGCACUAAGAGAUAAGCUGAUGUCUCAGCAAAAAGACUCAUUGCGGAAAAGAAAACAGCCACCUACCACAGUGUUGAGUUUGCUCAGACAGUCUCAAAUGGAUAGUUCUGCAGUUCCUAAACCUGGACCCGACUUGCUAAGAAAGCAGGGUCAGGGUUCAUUUCCCAUCAGUUCAAUGUCUCAGUUACUACAGUCUAUGAGUUGUCAAAGCUCUCACUUGAGUAGCAAUAGUACCCCGGGUUGUGGGGGCUCAAAUACUGCUUUGCCUUGCUCUGCUAACCAGCUGCAUUUUACAGAUCCCAAUAUGAACUCCAGUGCUCUUCAGAAUUCACUGACACAGAACAUACCUUUGAGAGGGGAAGCCGUGCACUGCCACAAUGCAAACACUAACUUUGUUCACAGUAACAGCCCAGUCCCAAACCACCAUCUUGCAGGUUUAAUAAAUCAGAUUCAGGCUAGCGGGAACUGUGGGAUGCUCAGUCAGUCGGGCAUGGCUUUAGGAAAUUCAUUACAUCCCAAUCCACCUCAGUCAAGAAUUUCAACGUCCUCCACUCCAGUGAUACCAAACAGCAUUGUUAGCAGCUAUAAUCAAACAAGUUCUGAAGCAGGCGGUUCAGGACCAUCAUCCUCCAUAGCCAUAGCUGGCACCAGCCACCCUGCCAUCACAAAGACAACAUCUGUUCUUCAAGACGGCGUCAUAGUUACCACCGCAGCUGGAAACCCACUGCAGAGUCAGCUGCCUAUUGGGAGUGAUUUUCCUUAUGUUGGCCAAGAGCACGCACUUCAUUUUCCAUCCAACAGCACUUCAAACAACCAUCUUCCACACCCCUUGAACCCCAGCCUCCUCAGUUCUCUACCUAUCUCUUUGCCAGUGAAUCAACAGCAUCUCCUAAACCAGAAUCUAUUAAAUAUCCUCCAGCCUUCAGCAGGAGAAGGCAAGUCUGAGAUCAACCUCCACCCUUUAGGUUUUCUCAACCCGAAUGUAAACGCUGCUUUAGCUUUUCUCUCCGGUGACAUGGAUGGGCAGGUAUUGCAGCCUGUUCACUUUCAGCUCUUAGCAGCCCUGCUUCAGAACCAAGCCCAAGCAGCUGCCAUGCUUCCCCUGCCAUCUUUCAAUCUGACCAUCUCAGAUCUUUUGCAACAGCAAAAUACCCCUUUACCCUCAUUAACACAGAUGACAGCCCCACCAGACCAUUUGCCAAGCAAUCAGUCAGAGAACAGCCGAGCUGAGACCCUUUUAACCAGCCCCCUGGGGAACCCUUUACCGAGCUUUGCAGGCAGUGACACUACUUUUAACCCCCUGUUCCUCCCAGCUGUCACUGGGGCCUCAGGAUUAAUGGCCUUGAAUCCCCAGCUGUUGGGAGGUGUCCUGAACUCAGCAUCGGCCAACACCGCUAAUCAUCCAGAGGUUUCCAUAGCAACUUCCUCCCAGGCAACCACUACCACAACCACUACAUCAUCAGCAGUGGCAGCACUGACUGUCUCAACACUUGGUGGGACAGCAGUGGUGUCAAUGGCAGAAACAUUGCUGAAUAUAUCUAAUAAUGCUGGGAAUACACCUGGUCCAGCUAAACUCAACAGUAACUCUGUGGUGCCACAGCUACUUAACCCUCUACUGGGGACAGGUCUGCUUGGUGACAUGUCCUCAAUAAACAAUACAUUGAAUAACCAUCAACUGACUCAUCUGCAGUCGCUGUUAAACAACAAUCAGAUGUUUCCUCCAAAUCAGCAGCCGCAGCAGCAACUUCUCCAGGGGUACCAGAACCUGCAAGCAUUUCAAGGACAGCCCACAAUUCCUUGCCCGGCUAACAGUAACCCUAUGGCUUGUCUGUUUCAGAACUUUCAGGUGAGAAUGCAGGAAGAUGCAGCUCUCCUAAACAAAAGAAUAAGCACUCAGCCGGGGCUCACAGCUCUUCCUGAGAAUCCAAACACCCCACUUCCACCUUUCCAAGAUCCAUCUUGUGAGUUGCAGCCAAGGAUUGACUCAUCUCUUGGUCAGCAGGUGAAGGACGGCCUCAUCGUGGGCGGCCCAGGCGAUGCUUCUGUGGAUGCCAUUUACAAAGCAGUGGUUGAUGCAGCCAGCAAAGGAGUGCAGGCUGUCAUCACCACUGCAGUCAACAGUACAACUCAGAUCAGCCCCAUUCCAGCUCUGAGUGCCAUGAGUGCCUUCACUGCCUCGAUUGGUGACCCAUUAAGUCUCCCCAGUGCUGUCAGUGCAGUCAUUCAUGGACGAAACAUGGGCAGUGUCGAUCAUGAUGGUAGGCUGAGGAAUGCAAGAGGGGCUCGGCUGCCCAGGAAUCUGGACCAUGGGAAGAACUCAAAUGAAGGAGAUGGGUUUGAAUAUUUCAAGUCAGCAAGUUGCCACACAUCCAAAAAACAGUGGGAUGGGGAGCAAAGCCCUGGAGGAGAGCGAAACAGGUGGAAGUGUGAGGAAUUCUUAGAUCAUCCAGGCCAUGUCCACAGUAGUCCUUGUCACGAAAGGUCCAAUAAUAUCUCCACACUGCCAUUUCUGCCUGGGGAACAGCACCCGGUACUGUUACCACCAAGAAACUGUCAAGGGGAUAAAAUUCUGGAGGAAAAUUUCAGGUAUAAUAACUACAAAAGAACUAUGGUGAGUUUUAAGGAGAGACUAGAGAACACUGUGGAAAGAUGUGCACACAUUAAUGGGAACAGACCUCGACAGAGUCGGGGCUUUGGAGAGCUGCUGGGCACCACAAGGCAAGACCUGGUCCUAGAGGAGCAAUCUCCAAGCUCCUCAAAUAGUUUGGAAAAUUCUCUAGUCAAAGACUACAUCCAUUACAAUGGAGACUUUAAUGCCAAAAGCAUUAAUGGGUGUGUGCCUAGCCCUUCAGACGCUAAGAGCAUUAGUAGUGAAGAUGACCUAAGGAAUCCAGAUUCCCCUUCUUCAAAUGAGUUGAUACAUUAUAGGCCAAGGACGUUCAAUGUUGGCGACUUGGUCUGGGGCCAAAUCAAAGGACUCACUUCUUGGCCUGGAAAAUUAGUAAGAGAAGACGACGUUCACAAUUCAUGUCAACAAAGCCCCGAGGAAGGGAAGGUGGAGCCCGAGAAGUUGAAGACACUAACAGAAGGUUUAGAAGCCUACAGCCGAGCCCGGAAAAGGAACAGAAAAAGUGGAAAGCUAAAUAACCAUUUAGAAGCUGCUAUUCAUGAGGCCAUGAGUGAACUGGACAAAAUGUCUGGGACUGUUCACCAAAUCCCACAGGGAGACAGACAAAUGAGACCCCCCAAACCCAAGAGGAGGAAGAUCUCCAGAUAACAGGGACUACUCCACCAAUGCGCAGUGUUAAUUAAAGGAACGUGCACAGAUAUUAUCUCUAUAUAGGUAUUGAUAUAGCCACUGUUAUAUCAGUAUUUAUACUAUGGCAGAUAGCUACCACCACCACAGGGUGCUAAAAGAAACAGUGAUACGAUAUUUUUUUUGAUGAGGAAGGAUAAUGAAUGCUGGAAAACCAAUCAAAAUCCCUGAAUGAUGAGAGUAAUAAAUGGUCAAGAGAUUACUGAGAAACUUUUUCUAUAAUACUAAAAUUGUGAUUAUAAGAAAUGUCCACAUGUUUCUGAAGAAUUUUCAAUGUUGUAUAUAGAAAAUGCAGAAUUUCAUGGCGAUAUCAGAAAUGUAAAUAUUGUACAAUAUUGUCAUGUACAAGCGUACCUAAUGCACACUUUAUCUUUUAUUGUACAAAGAAAUAGUGUACAAAAUUCUUUGGUUUCUAUGGAGUACACCUACCAGAGACUACCAGUGUAAAGUGAUAAAUAAAAAUACAACCUAAAUGCUUUUCUA